CUUCUGUCACUCCCUCUGCAAAAUCAUCUCUUCGAAUCAUCCAUUUUUCAAAUGCAUGAUGUUCCUUUCACUCUCACUGCUUCCCAAUUCAUUAGCCUCCUUCUCCACCUUUGCAUUCACUGUCCCAAAAAUUCACAGCUUUUCCAGGCAGUCCAUUCGAUUUAAGGUCCAUGCCUUCCUAAACAAACCACUGGACUCGAACUCUAAUCAACCAUCCGUGGUUCUCGAUAGUCUCAGAGUCCUCGAAUGGGACAAACUAUGCGAUUCCGUAGCUUCUUUUGCUGGCACUUCAUUAGGCAAAGAAGCUCUCAAGGAACAACUAGGGUACUUGAAUCAAACAUUUGAAGAUAGUCUCGGACUCUUAGAAGAAACCAAUGCUGCUGUGGAGAUGAAUAAGUUCGGUGCCAUGGUGGACUUUAACGGCAUUGAUAUUGAGCUGGUCAAAACUGCCAUACAAAUUGCACGCAGAGGUUUUCCUGUCAGUGGGACUGAAGCAAUGAACGUUGUAUCACUACUGCAGUUUGUGGAAAUGUUGCAGUCAAAUGUCAAAGCCGCAAUCACGCAAGAUGCAGAAUGGUAUCAGCGCUUUAUGCCUCUCACAGAAAUGAUUAUGGAACUAACCAUAAGCAGAUCACUAGUGAGCUUCAUACAAAAACUAGUUGAUGAUGAUGGUUCCGUCAAGGAUUCUGCGAGCUCCGCGUUGAAACAAUCUCGUGAUCAAGUUCGCCUUCUUGAAAGAAAGUUAUACCAGUUGAUGGAGAGCAUAAUCAGGAACGGAAUGGAAGAAGCAUCUUCUAUGGAAGUGAGUGAAAUUGAUGGCAGAUGGUGCAUUAGAUCAGGAUUUAAUCAGCGAACGAGCUUUGAGGGGCUACUAUUGUCCAGUGCUUCAGGUACUGGAAGUGUUGUAGAACCUCUCUCAGCAGUUCCAUUGAAUGAUGCACUCCAGCAAGCCAAGGCAUCUGUGUCAAAGGCUGAGGCUGAUGUGCUUCUGAAGAUAACACAGAAGAUGCAAGAAGAAAUUGAUUACAUAGAAAGCAUUUUCAGCGUGAUGGUUAGGCUGGAUGUGAUCAAUGCGAGAGCACGAUAUAGUCUUGCAUUUGGAGGCUCUUGUCCAGAUUUAUUUUUGCAACAAGAAAAGGAUAGCUUUGUAGCUACUGAUGCUUCAUUUGAGGCAAGAACCUCAGUGGCAUUGCAUCCAGCACGGAGGAAAUGGACAGUGUAUCUGCCGAAAGCUUAUCAUCCUUUAUUACUACAAAAGCAUCAGCAGGCUCUACAGAAGGCCAUGAAAGAUGUCAAGAAUGCUAAUGCGGAAAUUAGGAGGAGGAGGAAGCAACAGGGAGAAAAUACUACUUUGAGAAAAGAAACCAGUGUGAAUUUAGAGGCCUUGGAAGCAAAGGUUGCUAAGUUGAAAGAGGAACCCCCUGUUCCUGUUGACAUAUAUCUUGCUCACAACACUCGAGUUUUGGUUAUAACUGGUCCAAAUACUGGGGGUAAAACCAUUUGCUUGAAGACUGUGGGUUUGGCUGCUUUGAUGGCAAAAUCUGGUCUUUAUGUGUUAGCAUCAGAAUCAGUGAAGAUCCCUUGGUUUGAUUUUGUAUUUGCUGAUAUUGGUGAUGAACAGUCCUUAUCCCAAUCACUGUCUACCUUCUCGGGGCAUCUGAAACAAAUUAGUAAAAUCCGGUCUCACUCAACAGACAUGUCACUUGUGCUAUUAGAUGAAGUAGGGGCAGGGACAAAUCCUCUAGAAGGAGCUGCACUUGGGAUGUCAUUACUGGAAUCUUCUGCAGAAUCUGGGAGUUUGUUGACUAUAGCUACAACACAUCAUGGAGAACUUAAAACCCUUAAAUACAGGUGCUCAAUACUAAGUAUGGAACUUUUAUAUGAGACAAAAGGCGUACCUCCUCUAACAUCAUGGUGCUACAAUGUACUUGACAGCAAUCAGGCCUUUGAAAAUGCAUGUAUGGAGUUUGAUGAAAUGAAGUUGAAACCAACUUAUAGGAUUCUAUGGGGAAUACCAGGACGGUCAAAUGCAAUCAAUAUAGCCGAAAGGCUCGGGAUACCUGAUGUUAUUGUGCACAAGGCUCGUGAACUUUACGGAGCUGCUAGUGCAGAAAUCAACGAGGUUAUACUUGAAAUGGAGAGAUAUAAGCAAAACUUUCACGAGCAAGUUCGUGAAUCACAAAAUCUUUUGAAGCUCACCAAAGGUCUCCAUCACAAGUUGCUUAUUGCCAGAAAAAAUGUGAAAGAACACAGCAUUAGUGAAAGAUACAGGAAAGUACAGGAAAUAUCUGAGGCAGCAGCAGCAGCACGAUCUUCAAUUCAGAAGAGAGCACGGCACUAUCGUGCAAUUACGAGUCAACCAUCCCAGAAAAUAUUGGGAAGUAAUGGACACACACCAGCUAUGAAGAGUGAAGCUAGAGAGGAAAAAAGUGAAAUUGCGGAAGCAACUAAUGUUGUGGACUCCGCCAGUACAUCCAGGCUACCUGUUUCAAAGAAGGGGAAACUUCCUGGUAUUGGUGACUCGGUUCUUGUUCCUUCACUUAACAAGCAAGCUUCAGUCCUAAAAGUGGAUCCUGUUAGAGAAGAACUAUUGGUACAAGCUGGUAACAUGAAGCUUAAGCUUAAACUAACAGAUGUAUUGACUUGAGAGGUUCCUGGGCCAGGAGGAAAGGGUCUCAGAGUAAUUCAGCUGCGCCACUUUCACGAUGUUUUGGCAUUUUAAAGGGAGGCCUGGAGUAGGAGGUUCCAUAAGAGAAUAUGUUCUAUGUUAGUAAGCAAUGACAAUUUUCAGUAAGUGCAUGUACAUGCGAGGAAGCAAGGGUGGACACGGGAUUUGAAGUUUAUGGGUUCCUACGGUGACAUCAAGUUCAUACUAUACGGUUGAUAUAUAUAUAUAUAUAUAUAUAUAUAUAUAUAUUAAAUUCUUAAUAUUUAUACAAGGUCCUGACAAAAGUUACUGGGCUCAUGUG